AUGGCUAUGAGCCCCAUCUGCCCGGGGAGCAUUGUAGGGAACGAGCCGGUCAGAGUGGUGGGAGGAGAGAGUCGCUGUGCAGGAGCUCUGGAGCUGAAGCUUCAGGGAGAAUGGAGACCAGUGAUUGGUUUUCCUACCUGGACCCUGGAGGCAGCAGGUGUUCUCUGCAGAGAUCUGGACUGUGGCUCUGCUGUUUCUGUGGGAGAGAGAGAGGAGUCCUCAGAGAGCUCUGCGUGGAGGAUCAGACCUGAAUGUGUUCAGUCUGGAUCUGCUCUGAGGGAGUGUGCAACAGCAAGUUACUCUUCCUACUUCCUGACUCUUACCUGUUCAGACUCUGUCAGGCUGGUGAAUGGGACCAGUCUGUGCUCAGGUAGACUGGAGGUGAAGUCUAACCAUUCUAACCCGUCCUGGUCCUCAGUGUGUGAGGCUGACUUUGACCAGCAGGAUGCUCAGGUGGUCUGCAGGCAGCUCGAGCCGGUCAGACUGGUGGGAGGAGAGAGUCGCUGUGCAGGAGACCUGGAGGUGAAACAGGGAGAAUGGAGACCAGUGAAGGGCUCUAACUCUCUCAGGACCCUGAAGGCAGCAGGUGUUGUCUGCAGAGAUCUCGACUGUGGCUCUGCUGUUUCUGUGGGAGAGAGAAAGGAGUCCUCAAAGAGAUCUGUGUGGGGGAUCAGUCCUGCCUGUGUUCAGUCUGGAUCUGCUCUGAGGGAGUGUGCAACAGCAAGUUCCUCUUCCAACUUUCUGACUCUUACCUGUUCAGACUCUGUCAGGCUGCUGGGGGGGACCAGUCUGUGCUCAGGUAGACUGGAGGUGAAGUCUAACCAGACUAACCCGUCCUGGUCCUCAGUGUGUGAGGCUGACUUUGACCAGCAGGAUGCUCAGGUGGUCUGCAGGCAGCUUGGCUGUAGGGCUCCUUCAGUCCUCCACGGGUGGCUCUAUGGAGAAGGGGAGGCUCCAAUGUGGACCAAAGAGUUCCAGUGUGGAGGCCAUGAGUCUGCUCUCCUGGACUGUAGCUCAGCCUCAGAGAGAAACACCUGCUCACCUGGCAGAGCUGUUAGCCUCACCUGCUUAGAGCCUGGUGAGGUCAGACUGGUGGGAGGAGAGAGUCGCUGUGCAGGAGACCUGGAGGUGAAACAUCGAGGAGAAUGGAGACCAGUGGAUGGCUCUUCCUCUCCCUGGACCCUGAAGACAGCAGGUGUUGCCUGCAGAGAUCUCGACUGCGGCUCUGCUGUUUCUGUGGGAGAGAGAAAGGCGUCCUCAAAGAGAAUUGUGUGGAGGAUCAGUCCUCAAUGUGUUCAGUCUGCAUCUGCUCUGAAGGAAUGUGCAAUAUCAAGUUCCUCUUCCCACCUCCUGACUCUUACCUGUUUAGACUCUGUCAGGCUGGUGAAUGGGACCAGUCUGUGCUCAGGUAGACUGGAGGUGAACUCUGACCACUCUAACCAGUCUAACCCGUCCUGGUCCUCAGUGUGUGAGGCUGACUUUGACCAGCAGGAUGCUCAGGUGGUCUGCAGGCAGCUUGGCUGUGGGGCUCCUUCAGUCCUCCAGGGGGCGCUCUAUGGAGAAGGGGAGGCUCCAAUGUGGACCAAAGAGUUCCAGUGUGGAGGCCAUGAGUCUGCUCUCCUGGACUGUAGCUCAGCCUCCGAGAGAAACACCUGCUCACCUGGCAGAGCUGUUGGCCUCACCUGCUCAGAGCCGGUCAGACUGGUGGGAGGAGAGAGUCGCUGUGCAGGAACUCUGGAGGUGAAACAUCGAGGAGAAUGGAGACCAGUAUGGGACUCUACCUGGACCCUGAAGGCAGCAGGUGUUGCUUGCAGAGAUCUCGACUGUGGCUCUGCUGUUUCUCUAGGAGACAGAGAGUCCUCAAAGAGAUCUGUGUGGUGGAUCUGUCCUCAAUGUGUUCAUUCUGCAUCUGCUCUGAGGGAGUGUGCAGUAUCAAGUUGCUCUUCCCACUUCCUGACUCUUACCUGUUCAGGUAAGCUCCUUUGACGUUGACUCUUUUUUUUUAAUUGGAUUUUUUUCUCCAAAUUUGAACUAGUUUUCCAUAUUUGACUUUUUUAGAUUUGAUUUUUUUUCUCUCCAAAUUUGACUUUUUCCUCAAAAUUUGAAUAAUUCCUCAGUAAAAUCAUUUUCACAAUUUGAUUUUUUUCUCCAAAGUUGACUUUUUUCUUAAUAUUUGGAAAUUUGACUGUUUUCUCCUAAUGUGGCUUUGUUGAGGUUUCAAUAUUGAGUUCAAUAAUUAAAACAACAGUUCAUAUAAUCAAAUAUAAUCUUAUAUAACCCACAAUGAAAAUGCAUUAUGUUUCAUGUUGUUCUAUACUCACAAUAUAUACAAAAUGUAAGUGGUUUGGAAAAUUAAGUUUAAGGCCUUAAUAGUUUAUCACUAUGGGUGUCACUGUUUAGCAGAGGGGAGACAGUUGUCUUCACUCACAGCAGGCUGUACAGAGGAGACUCCUGACUCAAUGGAAAAGUACUGGAGCCCCAAAAUGUGUUUUAGCCAUACCAUAGGAGAAAAGUUUGGAUAUUUCCAGUCCUGCACACCAGAGGUCAUGACCUUUCCCCACAUAUAUGGGUAAGAAGGUGUGUCUUUGGUUUUCUGUCCUUGUGUGGAACAUAAAAGCACUAUAGCUGAGAGAGGAAACGCUUCAGAGCAGGGUUUCUCCUAAGUACUCUAGAGAUUGUAAUAUUACCAAUGGAAGAGGGCCGUUGAAUUUAAUAUCACAACUGACGAGGGACAGAUGAAGAGGUUUUAAUGUAUUUUAUUUCACACCUGGUAGUCUAUGAGGGUUUUCCUCUGAAUUCCAGUGGAAGAGGUUUUAAUGCAAGUUGAAGAGAAGAGAUUUACCAAAUAAAAUAAGAAAUGUAAAACUGUGAAUUGAGGUUUUUGAUUAGUAAUUUACCACAGCAUGAAAUAUUUGUGUAUGAUUGUCACAUUGUAACGAGAGAAG